AUGAAUUGGUUGAAAUUGUUCGCUCUUCUGGUAGCUGUAGCGUCCGUUCAGAUCACGGCAGAUGCGCCUAAGAAAAAGAUCCGCAUACAUCUACCACAAAAGGUGAAACACAUUCACCAUCACAAGAAGAUCUACAUAACGAAUCACCCAGCAUCAUCACAGUAUGCACCGGCUUUCAUGCCGAGCGCUGAAGGUGCGGUGGCAGUCCCGACCAACGUCGCGAUGCCGGCCGUGGCGAACGUGUUGCCUCUCAACUCAGUGGAGCUGUACGACGAGUCGCCGACGCGCAUGCCCGGGCUGCCGCCGGCGGCCUCCAAGCUGCUGCCUCUGUACCGCGCGCGCGGCUACUACGGACCCACGCCGCACGACUGGGACGACCAGGAGUACGACCUGGCGCCUCCCGCGGACCCCACGGACGGAACCUACAUACCCACGGCCUUCUCAGCCCCAUCAGCGGCUCCAACAGCACCACCUAACUAUCCCCCAAAAAGAGUCAAAAUCGUUAAGGUUAAUGACACCCCGCGAAAGAAGCCCAGGAAGGUUAAGCCGAAACGAGUCGUAGUGCGAGGAAAACCAGGACAAGUAGAGGAAGAACAUCCUGUGUCGACAUUCCACGAACAUUUUUAUUCAGACCUGGAUGGUUCGGGGACAAUCAGAAAAAUAAGAAAGCCGCAACGAGUCGAAAAAAUAAUCGACGGUGAUACCGAACACAUUCACACCUAUAGUGAGGAGCACAUUCAUAAGCUUGUGUACGAUACCGAAGGCAGCAUGUCUGCGCUUGCUGCUUCGCAUCCUCUGAUUCCUCUGAAAAAUUCUCUGUUAGCGAUUCCCUCCGACGCACUUACUGGUUUCACUGCAGUCGGAUCCAUGGGGACUCCCCCGCACAUGGAGUACGCCGCCUAUAAUCCGCGAGAAGUUACUCACGAUCACAUAUUCCACGAUCACGGAGAGCUCCCCUCCGAUGUGGAAAUAACGAAGGACCAUUUGACAUACCCACCCAGGAACUAUAACAGUCAGGGAUUACGCAUUGGAUUGGGUGGUGGAAAGGCUCCCAAAAACAAGCACUCACAAAAAUAUUACAAGGGUCAAAAUAAGCCUCAUAUAUCAGAUAUUACAUAUUACGAAAAUAUAUACACCCCCUACCCUAAGCUUCGUAAUGCACAGAAGCCAACGAUACCAACACCCUUUGAACCUGUGUCGGAGCAGAGUUUUGAAGAUUACAGGCCUAUUCCCCAUUUCAAAGUAAAAGACAAAGGAAACAUCAAGACUCGCAACGUAGUUCCAGCACUAUAUUUUGGCAAUGGAAAACAAGUGUCUGACUACCGAUCCCAGCAAGCCAGUGUCCAGGCGCCAUACUCCGUGUCGUCCACCGUCGUGCACGAAUACAAACCGAAACAUUUCCCUGGACAUACAGUUGAAACGGUAGGCUUGUCUAAAUUUAAUAAAAAUGUAUACAACUAUCCGAAUAGCUAUGACUUCGAUUCGCUUCACACUUCGACAUCUAACUUGUACGUCCCUGAAAGUCCAACUCUUAAUUUUAACGUCAAAAAGGGCAAAAAGAAAUCUAUAUCCACGCAGAAUAUAAGCUUUGGUGGAUUAGACCAUCAAACAACAGUAGAUCACUUAGAAGAUUCCGGUGUUUCAGCGACGUCACAUAUCGGGGCCACCUCAGCCCUAGACAGCUACGGUUAUGAUCAGCCGAAGCCUGCGGAGUCUUCGCAGUCAGUGCAGUCAACAGCCUUCACUAUCAGAGAAACAUCUCCGGUGCACCCAUAUUACUCGGCCAUGGCAACGAAGGCUUUACACGGAGAUCAAUACUCGCAAGCCGAGGCAUCUAACGACAACUACCAGUACGCCGAGGCGCCAACUCCGUCGACCACUCCGUAUGUCGCCACGGUCGCGACCACUACCGCCCCGCCGGAGGAAUACUAUGACAUACAGAGCGAUGAGCCUGCCUCUACUGAACCUACCACCUACGAGACGAGGCCCAGAAACGCACCGAAGGACAAAAACUCAGAUGUACUAAAUCAACACACAGAGCAUAGACCCAGGUACAAAAUAUUAGCGUUGCAACCGACUGAUUCACACGAGUCGGAAAAUUAUUACACACACAAUGCAGAAGCGAAAAGUGCCACGGGGAAACUCAAAUAUGGUGACAAAAUUUGAACAGUAAUGAACUAAUUUAGUGCUAUAUAAUUAGUGUUGUAAGUAUGUGAUCUUUGGGUCUGAGUGCACUGAAUGCCGUGAGUGAUGUGAGUUUCAGUCUCUUACUAUGUGAAUAUUUCUGUUAUUUAUACACCUUGUAACUAAUCUAUCUUUGGUUAUAAGCUAUUAAUAGAGAGCGAAGGAUGA